AUGGCAAGCAUUGCUCCACAAGAAUCAAUCACCACUCAGUCCUCACCCGAGAAACCCUCCAUCUGGGCUUCCUCUCAGAAAGCACAUGAAGCUGGAGAGAUACGCUUCUCUGGCUUCGAGCCAUGCUAUAUUGCCUGUAUCAAGGAUCUCGAACACCGCAUCUCUACAAAAUUGGAGGAUAGCGUAGGAAAUGGCAAUGGUGUAGACCUCCCAAACGGGCUGGAGGAACUGCUGCUGCGCUAUUCACGGAUAGUCAAAGCCCUGGAGACGACCGAGAACCGCGACCGAGCGUUUGAGGAGGAGGAGGAGGAUAUAGACUCGAAAAGUCUAGAUUUCCAUGGAGUAAGACGUCGGCUAGAAAGGGCGAAGGAUCUGGAUGAGAUCUACGAGAGCCUGAGGCGGAAUUGGUUGCUCAAGUUCUUCGGUGCUUUGUUCAAACGUGACUUGGCCAUUUCGCUCAAAGAACGCUUCGGCAAUCUUUCGCUGAUGGUCGAUCGAUUGUUUGUUGCCUUGGCGGGUGGAGCCAGCAUGCUCGUCCCGAUGAUCAUCAUGGCUUUUGCCACGAGCAGGACUGCAAGAUUAUUGGUGACCAGCUUGGCCACAAUCAUCUUCGCAAAUGCCAUGGCGCUCACGAGUGCGUCAAAAGAGAAUGUCGUGGCUUCUACUGCUGCAUAUGCGGCCGUUAUGGUGGUUUUCAUCGGUAGCGCGACGAGCGUUUGA